AUGAAUACACCAACUCCGUCCGAAUAUCUGACAUUACAUUCUCCAAACUUCUUCGCAUUCUCAAAUCAUCGCUAUAUAGAUGGUACAUCAUGCUCUUCGGAAUCUUAUAACCAUGAAAAUUCAGGUCGAACAGAUUAUUCCAAAAUUGGUGUCGAUAUAAAGACAAAAAUGAAGUCUAAAUGGUUAUUUUAUUUUAUACAGACGAUGACUAUCAUUGAAACAGAUUCUAACUUUACUGAUCAAAUAGAAGGAGAGGUUAUGAGGUAUGGUUGGGUUCACGCGUGCUCAGGAUAUACAUCUACCUGUUAUCAUAAUGGAGUGGCCGCCAUGACCGUAACUGAUACUGGUUUUAUAUUUAGUCGGUUGAAUGAAUGGAUUAAAUUCGGAACUGAUGGUAUAUUUUCAACAGUAGUGAGAAAUGACCACCAGAUUAUAUUGCAGGGCGAUGGUGCAUGUGGCGGUGGGAAGCCGAAAUAUCCAAUCAAAUUAGAAAUCGAUCCAUCGUUCAAGCCAUCACAUGAUUCGGCCACAGAACCAGUUUGUGUUUAUUGA